AUGCGCGAAUGCCCUGGACCCCCCGAAUCGGAGCCGCCCUAUGAUGCUGACGCCUAUGCGGCCUGGGGCCGAGAGCGUUUUGGCGAAGAGUGGUACCAAUCACGAAAUACCAUGCUCGAGGAAAGGGACAUAUAUCGGUAUGAUCCAGUCUACAAGGAACGCCAGAAAGCCCUAAGAGUAAUGGAACACAAGGUGGAGAGGCGACCGUUCGAGCCGGGACUUCGAGCUGGCGGGAUACAUGAUCCGGGGUGGAAGCGCUUGUGGGCUCGACUUUCCAAGGACUUAGGCAUCGAGAUGCACACAUCUCCAACACCUUCAAAGGGCAGCGGCGACAGCGAAACCGACCUCAGCGGGUACGAUACGUACGACCCAACCCCCGAACCUCGCGAGCCGACGCCUCUCCCCGACGAUCCAUGGGAACGACCGGAGUACGACCGGAAGGGUUUCAACUAUGACGAGGAGAGGUAUGAAUUCGAAAAGAUUUUCCUCAACGAGUCCCUCAUAGAUGGGGCUAGGACGAGGAGGGAGAAUGAGCCUGGCGACAGGCAAGACCGCGAGAGACGCGAGGCCAUGGAAAGCUAUCGCUACGUAGAUCCUGUUCGGUUCUCUCUUGAACGGCGCCGCUUUCAAGAUCACAUUGAUCUGCCGAAGAAAGGCUGGACGCAUGAGGAGAUCAACGCUAUGUAUGAUGCCGAAGCUGCCAUGGAUGAAUGGAAACGGAAGAACCCUGCGCCAAAAGGUUCAGGCGAGUUUCAUAAGCCAGUCACCCCAGACGAAAGAGCCGCAGAGGAUAGUUGGACGUUGACUUGGAAUGCCGCAUGGAUUCGAAUCUAUAGAGGGCUUCCACCCAAGGGUUCAGGCCCUUUUGGUUUCUCGGCCACUCAGGAGGAGGAAGAUGCAAGUAACAUAUGGUACAAGAAUACCCAUGCUCGCCUUUCUGGCCAGCAGCAGCGAGAAGCCCUGCCCAGCCCCAUAGGCGAUGCUUCAGCUAGCGAGGUGGCAGCACAACCGCGGGUUUCACCUCGACGAACGAAGAGCCCUUUACGCCAGACUCGCGGCGGUCGAAUCGUCAAGGAGGCACAUACGCAGGCGUUGCCACCCGAUCGAGGCCGUGGACCUUCUAACCUCGACAGCAACAUACGAACAGAACCCCAACCCCGCAACAGGCAGCGCAAGACCUACAAGAAGGAGCGGGCAAGCCGAAGGCUCGCAGGUCAGUUGCCCGAGUAUGGGAUGCUGCUAGGACGAGGUGAAGCAGAGCCACUCUACAAGGUCGACAAGCUCUCAAAGAGGCCAGCGGCCGUCAGGAGCGCAAAACCAGGGGGGGUUGAAGUCUAG